AUGAGAGAGGAGGGGAGCAGGGAGGUGGGGCGGUGGCCAGAGGAGAGAGGAGGGGAGCAGGGAGGUGGGGGCGGUGGCCAGAGGAGAGAGGAGGGGAGCAGGGAGGUGGGGCGGUGGACCAAGAAGAGAGGAGGGGAGCAGGGAGGUGGGGCGGUGGACCAAGAAGAGAGGAGGGGAGCAGGGAGGUGGGGCGGUGGCCAGAGGAGAGAGGAGGGUAGCAGGGAGGUGGGGCUGUGGCCAGAUGAGAGAGGAGGGGAGCAGGGAGGUGGGGCGGUGGCCAGAGGAGAGAGGAGGGGAGCAGGGAGGUGGGGCUGUGGCCAGAUGAGAGAGGAGGGGAGCAGGGAGGUGGGGCUGUGGCCAGAUGAGAGAGGAGGGAGCACGGAGGUGGGGCGGUGGCCAGAGGAGAGAGGAGGGGAGCAGGGAGGUGGGGCGGUGGCCAGAGGAGAGAGGAGGAGAGCAGGGAGGUGGGGCGGUGGACCAAAAAGAGAGGAGGGGAGCAGCGAGGUGGGGCGGUGGACCAAGAAGAGAGGAGGGGAGCAGGGAGGUGGGGCUGUGGCCAGAGGAGAGAGGAGGGGAGCAGGGAGGUGGGGCAGUGGCCAGAGGAGAGAGGAGGGGAGCAGGGAGGUGGGGCGGCGGGCAGAGGAAAGAGGAGGGGAGCAGGGAGGUGAGGGCUUUGUGAUGGAAUGUGUGAGCAUCGCCACCUUUUAG